AUUAGUUUGUUUUACUCCUGGGAAUCAAUUUUGUAUAAAAACAAAGUGAUGGAUCAAAUAAUUCAUCAGUCUAAACUUACAAUACAUUCUGGUAAAAACUUAUUUACAAACAAUUUACAAAAAUGAAAUUCGUCGCUGUUCUUUUGAUUGUUGCUGCUAUUGUAGCCGUUGCCAUGGCAGUUCCUCAUCACAAAGAAGGACAUGUAGGAACUUCUUGUGAAUAUGAUUGCAGCAAACCUGGAAGUGCUGUUUGUGCCACUAAUGGAACUUGUAGGAAGAAUUUCCCAAGUGAAUGUGAACUCGAGAAAUACAACUGUGUUAACCAUCCAGAAAAGCAAUUCGAACAAGAAGAUGAUAAGAAAUGCAGUGAUAAAUCAGUGCCCCUGUGUGCAGCUUGAAAAAUGUACCUGAAUGUUGUCUUCUUAUGACACUAAUAAAAAAGCUUUAUAAAAUUUA